AUGAAACUCACUGCCGACCAACUUGCACGAAGAAGAGAGUAUAACCGAGAGAGUCAGCGAAAGUCGCGCCAGAAAAAAAAAGACCAGAUUAACACUCUUCAACGCCAGAAUAGAGAGCUUGAGCAAGACAACGUGUCACUGCAGGAGCGGCUACUACACGCAUUAGCAACCAUAGAAGUAUUGAAAAAGGGUGCGAGUUCACAACAAAUUCCUCUCUACGUAGAAAGUGUAUACCUA